AUGGUUAUUUCAACACGGUGUAACAGCAAAAUGCGCAAACAGCAAAAGAGACACAGUCUAGUUAAAGCUUGAAGUCUAAAAGAGGCAUAGUCUAGUUAAAUGGUUAAAACCUAAAGUCUUAAUCGCGAAAACGAGGCUCUACAGCGACGGUGGCGUACUUUGUGGAAGCAUGAUUGUAUUUAAGCCUUGAUUAAACGAGGAUGAGAGUUGAUGAGAACCACAACUUUCGUUUGCGUUUGACCACCAAUUCUCACACACUCUUGUCAACAUUGAACUGGAAUUUCGGGUUUGAUUUCGAUGUUUAGGAGGUGAAUGCCUCUCACUAACUGCACUGAAGCUGGGAACAUGGUGAUGAUGACUCGAGAUCAUUCGCGAAUCGUAUACUGUGCAGCAGUUACGCACUUUUGAAUCUGACCUUCCUGCUGCCCCACCUCUGGCACUACGUCUGAUUGGUUAGUGGGUAUAUCAAAUGCGUCAGUUGGUUAUGUAGUCACUUCAUGGUAGUGGUGGCGGAGGUCAAAUCUGAACCUCUAUAAUCUGUGCUUACAGUGAAUUUUGUAACCUGGGGUGGGCCCAUUUUCAUAGAUUGGUGCCGGUUCCUUUACUCAAGUAGUCAUCAGCAUAACUUAUUGGUGAGGUAUCUAUGAAAGUUUGUAUUACAUAUCAAAGCACCCCCUAUUACAUUGACUGGCAGCUCUCUCCCUUAACCACAUUGGUGUGGUAGCACUCUCCCUUGAGCAAGUAAGGAAUUGUCUGGCAUUAGACAGAGAAAAAUAGUAAAGAAAGUAAUAGAAAAAUAGCCUGGGCACAUUGCCACUUAAUGGGUUAAACCAUCAACGAUAUGAGACAUAAUUUUAUUUUGCACAUCAGAUAAUCCUGGAUCUUCUCCUCAACAUUGAAAUUACUUGCUUUGUACCAACUAUACAUUUAUUUUUUUUGUAAUUUUCAACUCCACUUAGAGUGUGAUACAGCCAUUUAAUAGAAAAUCGUCAAAAUGGAAGAAAGUGGUAAACGAGUUUCUAAAGUCUGUGCUUUCUGAAAAACAGGUUUGACUACUUUAGAUGAUAUUUUCUGCUUCUUUGUACAUCAGACAGCAAAAAAUGACAUUUAUAUUAUGUUUUGUUGCAGAGUUGGAGGAUUGUUUACCUUGGAUGUCUGAAUCUUUUUUGUACUAUCUUCUUGUUUUCAUAUUGUAGAAUUUCAAAUAGCAUGGGUAAGUUAUAAAAUAUUGAAAUUCUUUGUACUAAAUUGUUAACGCAUGUGAAACAAUUUUGACAAAAUGAAUUAGGUGCAUGCUCAGUAAAGAUAAAUUAGGCUAAGUAGCGAGAAAACAUUUUGCUUCACCAGUGAGUAGAAUUAUAGUUUUUUGCCAGCUGGCUGAAGUAUGAAAGAAGUGAGAAACUGAUUUCUCACACUGGGGGCCCGGGGCGAGUUGCUAUGCCCUUAUGAGGGCAUGUGCCUCAAGAUAUAGCAUCUUUUGCCACAAGUGUGGUAGUUAUCACCCACUAGUAUUUUUGCAUACACACCAACUGAUUGUAUAUUAUUUUUGACAUUUUCUGUAGCAUUGACAGCAUUUACAUAUCUCACAGUGUUCGAUUUUCUCAGGUACUACUUGUUGUUUGGACAAUCGUUGCUUAACAUGAUUUAAAAAUGCUUAUAUAAUUCUGUUAUAAAAAAAUAUGUGAACAUAAUUGUGAAGUGCAAAAUAAUUCCUCCUCAAAUCUACAUUGAAAAUAAAUUAGGUUGUGAGGCUUCUCAUCAAUUAUUUUCAUCAAUUUCUUGUAGCUUGCUGACUUGCUUCCUUUCCAUUUGGAUUUCCUUGCAAAAUCCCAGCUCAAAUUUUACAUUUGGGUAAGUUGAAAAGUAUGAUGAAUAAUUAGGUUUAUAUAUGAAGCUAGAAUUGAAUAGUAUUGCAAAAAAAUGUCUUGUGUUGUAACCCAUUGAGUGCCCGAGCACGCUCUCCUUGACAAUUAUCACUGUAGUAAAAUCAUCUGGUAUUAUAGACAGAGUCAAAUAAAAAAAGUAGGGUGCAAUGCCACUUAAAGGGUUAACCAGACCCAUGGACACAUUUUGUCUGAUUAAUUAAUCAUUGAGCCAGCACUCUCCCUUGAUGAGUAAAAUUGUCUGGCAUUAGACAUAGUGAAAUACCAAACAUUAGGGUGCAUUAAGGUGCAAUGUCAAUUAAAGGGGUAAUCAAAUAGUAUGAAACAAUUCUGACUAGGAUAUUGUAAAACAUAUGCAUUAUUUGGUAUAGCAAUAGAUAUUAAGUAAUUGAUAUCAGUGACUGCAUACAUCUUAUGGUAAUUGAUCUUUCUUAAGGUUUGCAAGGGUUGAGGUGUUAGCUGUAUUUGCAUCAACUAUGUUGGCAAUUUUUGGUGCUUUGUUUGUUAUUAAAGAGAGGUAAGUGAACCUAAACUUCAUGAAAUUAAACUACAUAAAGAUAAAAAUAAAAUAAAAAUUACCUUCAGUUGAUAUAUUUAUUUAUAUUGGGUAGUUCUUUUAUCAUGCCCAAGUGCUCUUUGGUGAAUUACUACUUUCAAGGAACCUUUUGGUUCGGAAACCUUAAGAGUGUUGUAUUUAGAACUUUGUGUUUUAACCAUUAUUUAGCAUGGAAAGAAUAUUAAUUCCACCAGAAGUAAAUACGUAAGUCAAAUUACUGUUUUAAUAUAAAAGUAUAUUUUUAAUAUUUAGAUCCUAAAACUACUCCUAGAAUCAUUGUCAUAGAUUGUGAAUUUAAACUUUUGAAUUGUGUAAUGAUGUUUAGUGAUCACAUGAUGAUGGUGACAUGUGUUGGUUUGGUGGUGCAUUUGGUUGUCACAUAUGGUACGAGAAAUAAACCAUUUAACCAAGUUUUGAAAGGUUUGUACAAUAAGCUCUAGCUAGAUAAACAUGCAGUAUAUGACGUAAAUGUGAUGUCAUUUUGGUACCAUUGCUGGCUUUAUUGCUGCCAAUUGCAAGAUCUAUAUAUUCUUGGGUUUCAAUUACGUGAUAUUUUAGCAUAAUUUGACUCUGGUGGGGGCAAUCAUUGAACUAAGGUCAACCAAAACAACAAAGAAACAAGAUGUAAAUGAUUUUCCGACUAUUAUAAAAGCCAAUAUAGAAUAAUAUAAACAAUAUAAAAGCCCUCGUUUACCCUGACCCUUGAUCCCCAUGUGACGUCAUAUGAAACCCAAGAAUUGUUGCGAAUAUUGGCUUGGACAGUGCUCCUUCGUGGCGUUAUCAAUACUUCAGAGAACUUGGAAUAACCCAAUGCGUGCCUAGUCUUUUUCCAAUCUAUUGAAAGCAUCGAGUUUGAGGCAGCACUUUUCUUUGGAACCAUUAACAAUAUAGCAACGUCAUUUUACUGUAUUUCAUUUUACUGUAUAAUUCAUUUAAAUAAAUUCAUUUUUGUAGCGUCAACUUCAAACUGGCUGCAAGAUGCCCUGAUGGAUUUAGGUCACAGGUUAGUCUCCACUUGUGCUACUGUAUAAAGUCAAGUUAUAGAGGCGCCCUGAUUGCAACGGUUACACAAAAAUCAUGCAUGGGAAAACCAAGAAGUCGACCUUCUGUAAGGUUCCUAUUCUGUUGUAAAAUACCAAGAAGUCGACUGUCUGUAAGGUUCCUAUUCUGUGGUAAAAUACUCACCAGAGUCUGAUGUGGUCAACAAGGAUUAAAAAAAAAUGUUAAUAGAUUACAGAAUGUAUCAGAAAUACAGAUCAGAAAUAUUACCUAAUAUCCGAGAAUAAAUUGUUUUUGAGUUCAUCCAGAUUGUUUUACAUUUUAAUUAAUAGUUUCAUUUUGUCUUUUGGUUGGACAAAGUAAAAGUAAAACUAUUAAUUUAAUGUAAAACACUCUGGAUGAACUGAAAAACAAUUAAUAAUAUACCCAGAUGCAAACCAUUUUAAUAAAGUUUUUACUAUCUUUUUUACUCUUAUAGUAUUUGUGGUGUUUUUCCUCCCUUGGGAAACUUUCUGAUCGCAAAAGUCAAUCCGUUUGCGUUGGUCGCCCUUGUUGGAGCUAUUGCCGUUGUAGUAACAACUGUCUUUAUUGAUUACAAGUAAGUUGGUUGUGUUUGGUUUAUAUGUAGUACGUCAAUAAAACACUAGCAGAGUGCUUUAUCAGAUGUAAAACACGAGAGCGGACUGCGAGUGUUUUAUCACAGAGAAGGUUUUAUUAAAAUGGCUUAAAAAACGACCCAUCUGAUGAGUACAUUGCCAUUGGCCAGCCUAGACCUAGGCCUUCUAUUUUUAUUUAUAUUUUUAAUAAUAUUCAGCGCUUUUUCACAUGAAAAGACUGGGACUAGGUGAUUUGGGGGCGGGGCGGAGGAAGGACGCAAUAAAUGACCACUGCGAUAAUUACCAAAUGCUAGCCGGAAAUUGACCAAACCUGCCAAAGAUACCUGCCAAAGCCAGCCGAGUAAAGGCCUUGGUCUAGGCUGGCCAUUGGCGAAGUAAUUUUAAAAAUAAGCGGUGUCUAAGCUGGGAAAAUCAAAGCUAAAGUUUAUGUACAUUAACAUGAUUUUUUAUCACGUAUAAAAACACCGAGACGGUAAUUAUUUUCUUUGUCUUUUCCUCAUGAUAAAUAAUAUAAUAAUAUAAAUAAAAUAAUAUACAAUAUGAGUGGCCCUGUUGUGUAAGAUAUAAGCGAGUGGUUGUCUAUCAUGAACAUAAUCAUGAACAUGGACACGAAUUUUGCAUAUAUAGCUUGUGAUUCAUCUUCAUGAAAACGUUCGUAUUCUUCAACAAUCUUAAAGAUGAUAUUUAGUGAGAAAAAUGAAAUACUCAGUUAAAAUUGUCCAACCAAAUGUGAAUACGUUUUCAUACAAAACUCGAUGCAUUAAUAAAAGGUUUUCUUGUGAACAGUUUAUUAUUAUUUUCACAGAAAUUAUUAUCUGGCUGAUACACUGGCAGCAAUUGCAAUCGCGUUAUUGACCUGGGCAACUAUGCUGCCUCUGGCAAUUUACAGUGGCCAUGUCUUAUUACAGGUUAGCAGUGUCAAUAUUUACAGUAAACAAAAGAAUUAUAUAGUAUGAACCUCCCUAUUUUGAACAUCCACAAGUAUUUUUGCGGCCUUCAAAUAAUGGACCUCAGUCAUCUCUAAUUUAUACUUUCAUUUUUAGACGUGUCCUCGUGCGGUAAUGAAUCAAGUUGACAAAUGCAUGAGAGAGGUUUGUUAAGGCCCGUUUACACGGGCGAUUUUUGCUGCGAUUUUAGUUGCGAUUUUCUCCUUUUGGAGGAUGUGAAGGAGUCAGAUUACUUGAUGAUGUUGUUAUGAGAUUUCAUAACCUGGAACAUUUAUAACUCAUUCACUCCUUCACAUCCUCCAAAAGGAGAAAAUCGCAACUAAAAUUGCAGUAAAUAUCGCCCGUGUAAACGGGCCUUGUUUACACAUGCAAUUUUUGCUGCGAUUUUAGGUGCGAUUUUCUUCUCCUGACGUAUGUGAACGAGUGGAUGAGUCAUGUACGUAUAAUUAGAACAUUCAUUAAUUAUUUACUUGUUCACAUCCAUCAGAAGAAGAAAAUCACACCAACCUCGUACCCAGGCUCUUUCCACUACGCGUUGAAAUCGCAGUAGAAAUCGCAGUAGAAAUUGCAAGUGUAAACAGGCAUACAAUUUUUGUCGUACACGCUAGCACUUAGAAAUUGUCAGGGGAACCUUGUCAAAUUUUUCUUACUAACAGAUAAACUUAACAAAAAAUAUUGUCAAGACGAUAUUUAUUAUUGUUGAAUGACUGUGGCACGAACGACGGAACAAGUCAACUUGUCAAGAAAAACUGUAGGUUGUGACCAGGCUCUCUCCGGGGCGGGGCCUGCAAACUUUGGAAUGCCUGCUCGCUGGCUAGGAAAACUUUAGCCUGCUUGGAAAGCUCUUGUAUAUGGGAAAUCUUGCUUGCCUGUCUGUACAGUGAAUUAUUUUUUUCUUGAGGCUCAGUUGACAAUUGAUUUGACUAGUUCCUCUUGACCUCUUCUCGUGUUGAAGACAUAACUGUAGCGAGUUCUCUUUGAGAGAGUUCUUGUUUAAAAGUAUAUAGAGAGCCCUUCUAGCUUAUAGACUUGUGACUUAAUAUAUACUGUAUUGGGCAUUUUAAUUUUUUUACCUAGCACUGUUUUUUAAAUUCUUACAUAUAUAUUCGGUAAAUAUAGGUCACCGAUUUAUACCAGCCAAUCAAUUAUUGGCUGACCGGUCCUUUACCAGUUUCAAUAAAGAUUUUAUUAUUAUUAUAAAAGCGGCUUUGUGGUUGUUGAGGCCGCUUCGCCACCUGCAUAAGUUUACCUAACUGAAUUUCGUAUCUUUCUUGUAAAUAGUUCUUCUUUAUCUGUGUCGAUUUUGUGACAAGUCAAAUACGUUUCUUGUUCCAAACCUAGCAUGACGUUUUUACACAAGGAGGACAUUGGUCGAGGAGACAUUUUCGUUUCCACGGUGUUUUAAUCUAAAUUGCUCCGAUGGGAUGUGUUCUCGGCAGUUCUGGAAGUCCAAUAUUUUAGAGAUGUUUUUCAAGCUGGGUUUAUAUUUCUCUUUCCCGGCUUUGAAGAGCCUAUCUCAUGAAUUAUGCACAAAGCGGUUCCUUUUAGUAGGCCGACAAAGGAAUAUAGUCUUUUCCUGGAAUAUUUUAACUUUAACUAUAGCACGAUAUCUUCAACACUGUAAAUAAACCUUAAAUUUUUUAUAGGCUUUAACACUUGAUGGAGUUUUAGAAUUUAGAAACGAACACUUUUGGACAUUAUCAUUUGGAAAACUGGUAAUGUAUUUAAACUUUGUAAAUGUAUAGACUUUAUAGAUAUGUAUUAUGUCGAGACACAUGGAGAAACCACAUUGUAGUUUAGUUUCGUUUCGUUUAGUUUAAGUAUUUUAGUUUAGUGGGGUGGGUUCCUUCAUGGCCAGAGGGAGUUCCCUAACAAGAAAUGUUAUCAUAGAAGGGAGGUGCGCACCCCCCAAAAUAUUUUGCAUCCCUCAGAAAGUCCCCCCCUCCUUGCCCCCACUGUGCUUUCUCUCCCCUUCCCCACCAGAUUAAAAUCUGAAAAUCUGUCGGUGAAUUUUAUUACUUUUUACUCAUAGGUUGGCUCACUACAUGUUCGCGUAAGGAGAGAUGCCGAUGAGCAGGUCAGUUACCUCUUAUUUUAAUGAAGAUAUUGUCUGGAAACUCUGCAACGAAAGUCGUUGUUCGAACGUCGUUUUGCUCAUGUUUAUGUAAACUUGUGCAAGGUGAUUUUUGGGAAACAAUAGGGUAAAGAUCUACGUAAAAUGAUCGUGUUUUGUGAUUGGCUUUCAGAAACAAAAAUGAUCAUUGUUUGUAACUCGUUCUUUAGAAAGACGAUUUCUAUAGUUGUAGUGUCUUUCUUUGUUAGAAUCAACCAACCAUGAGCCUGGAUAGUAUAGGUAGAUGAUGACCCAAACAAUAUUCUGCACAGUUGAUGUGGUGACGUCACACCGGAAAUUCGUCGGAAAUCGUCGGGAUAGGGUUAGGGAUAUGAUCAAGAUUAGUCAGGGUUAGGUUCGGAAGAAAUCGUUUUGCUACGUUCAUAUAAAUACACUGAACUUUUUCUUCUUUUUCCACAGUUGGUUCUUGCACACGUGACCAAUAAACUUGCUGGCCAUGUUGCGGAUCUGACCGUUCAAGUGUUUAAAGAGGACUGGAGUCGAACCGGAAGUGCCAUGACUUACACAAUGCGGACUAAUUCUCCUUCUGUAAAACCUCACGACCAUGCCCCUCGAGCCGCAGUUACGUCGUAAAAUCUUCUAGCCAAUAAGGAGCCAUUUACGCUUGGUAUACGUACUGUAACUAGAAAUUCGACAGCUUAUAAACUUGUUGCAUAUUAUUGUCAGAACAUUUUUUCCUGUCUGGUCCCCAUUGGAAUUCACGGGGGGGGGGGGAGUGAAGGGCAGGUGCGAGACGUCCCAUCACGCAUCACAACCGUUCUUUUUCCAAGUGCGCCUCAUAUAUAACUGGAGUGAUAACUAGAGUUCAAAAAGUGAAGCCAAGGUAGAGCUAUUGAACGUCAGUUCUAGUCUAGCUAUUUAUAUUGUUUUUGUCUGUUGAAUUUCGCAUUUUGACCUCAAUUAAAAGAACAGCAGCAUGGUUUUUUUAAAUUGAUAACUUGAUUAGCGAUACAGUCCGUUAGAAAAAGUUGGAAUUAGCGAAUAGAUUUAGGACGUCAAUUUCCGCCAUAUUGACUUCACUUUUCAAAAGCCGAAUGACUGAAGUUCUAACUCCAGAUAUAUAUAGAGAGAGCUCACUGCGUUUUCCCAACCACAGAUCAAUAUAUGCCACUGAUGUACCUGCGGAGGAGGCAACAAUAUUCCCAUAAAAUUGCUGUGAAGCUUGAACAACAUUGUUUGAUAAAGUGUGUAUCACUGGAAAAACAAAAAAUAUUGUGCAAGUGAAAUCAAGAAUUGAAAUUAAAAUUUUUAUGAUAGAAUGAAAUAAAAUGAAAACUUUUAACUUAAAAGUUACAAAAAAGAGUUACGAAUUGCUG